AUGAUGUCCAUGCCUUUCGUACGACCGACCGCUCGAAGGAGCUCCUCGUUUGUGGACUGGGAAGAGCUGCGAGUCAUUGCCACGCGUGUCCAACAAGCGCUAGACGCGUCUGAACGCACGGAACGUCAUAACGAAUACGAAACGGUCUUCAGUAUGUGGCAAGCCCAAUUGAGUGAACAAAGUGGAGAAAAUGCAGAGGAAGAAGGUACCAAGGAGCGGCAGCUCGGGUGGUACACAAGUGCACACGACUACUGGAACGACGAGACUAAUUGUCCCGCAACGAACAACGGGGUCCUUGGCGGGUUCGCCCACGUUUCAGGCGUCGAUAUUCGUGAAUCCAAGCGGUUCCUCAAACAUGUUCGAGAUACAGUGAGACCCGAAUGGAGCUGUCAUGCUGCAGCAGAUUGCGGCGCUGGCAUUGGUCGCGUCAGUAAACUUCUACUGGCGCCUGUGUUUGACCACGUGGAUCUAGUGGAGCAGAGUGCGAGACUAUUGCGGGCAGUGCCGCAAUACUUUGGAACGAACGAGAUGCUCCGUGCUCGAGUGCGAGACUUGUAUUGCAUGGGGCUCCAGGACUUUGAACCGGCACGUGCGAGCUACGACCUCAUCUGGAUGCAGUGGGUGCUAGUACAUCUCACGGACGUAGACCUCGUUCGGUACCUAAAACGGUGCAAGGAAGCCCUCACGUCCAGUGGCUUUAUCGUGAUCAAAGAGAACAUUUUCCAGACGGCCGAGCCCUACGACCUCGACCGACGAGAUAGUAGCAUCACCCGCUCAGCUGUUUAUUACAAGAGCUUGUUCCAACAAGCUGGGCUCACGCUGCUUGCCGAGCGUCGACAACGUCAUUUUCCAGAAGAACUGUACCCUGUUCAAAUGUACGCGCUUGCUUAG